AUGGCAAACAGAAGCAGGCCAUUGUUCACCACCCUUCUGUUGCUUCGUUUCUUUCUUCUAUUCUCCUAUACUGCCCAACUCCAUUUCACAGCUGAUACACUCAGACAAGGCCAAUCUCUCUCAGGAAACCAGACCAUAGUAUCCCAAGGUGGCAACUUCGAACUUGGUUUCUUCACCCCAGGCAACUCUCACAAGUAUUACAUGGGAAUUUGGUAUAAGAAAGUCUCGGUACAAACCGUAGUUUGGGUAGCAAACAGGGAGAGACCUAUCUUUAACGCUUCAUGUUCAGAGCUAAAACUCUCUAAAGAUGGUAAUCUAGUCCUUAUCACGCACUCAAAAACCAUCAUCUGGUCAUCCAAUUCAACCCUCACUCCUUCGGACUCCACAGUUGCAAUGCUUCUUGACAAUGGCAACCUCAUCUUAAAAGGAGAUUCCAACAACUCCCAUGUCUCUUGGCAAAGCUUUGACCACCCGACAAAUACCUGGCUCCCUGGUGCGAAGUUGGUGUCUGAUAAACUCGGCAAAGAAGACCGUAUCCUCACUUCAUGGAGGAAUUCAGAAGAUCCUUCACCUGGGCCGUUCUCUGGUGAGGUCAGCCCAGAGGGAGCCAUGCAUUUCUCCUUACUGACGAACAGGAAUGAACAGUACUGGCCUUCUGGUAGUCCAGACAUGCUGUUUUUUAGUGGAACCCCAGCCAUGGACAACUUGUACAGCUUCAGCUAUGUUGCAGAGAUGAACAAAAGCUCCAUGACUUAUCUUGUUCAAGGUAGCUCUGUUAUCACAAACUUCAUGUUAGAUUCCACAGGCCAAAUGAAGAGGUGGCUGUGGAGCAAUGAUACAGAGGACUGGUUAUUGCACUGCAUUUUUCCAAGUGAUCCAUGUGAUGUGUACACACUCUGCGGGCCCUUCAGUAGCUGCAGCAACUUCAGCUCUCCCUCUUGCAAGUGUUUGCAAGGCUUUGAGCCGCAGUCCAUGGAAGAAUGGAAUUUGGGUGACUACACCAGUGGGUGUGCCAGAAGAGCCCCAUUGCUCUGUGGAGAAAAAGAUGGAUUCCUCCAGCUAUCCAAUGUGCAGCUCCCAGCUAGUCCUGAGCCAUUUGCUGUGGGCAGUGCAAAGGAGUGUGAGGUCACUUGCUUAAGAAAUUGUUCUUGUGUUGCUUAUUCUUAUGACAAUGGGUGUUUGGUGUGGAAAGGUGUGAUUCUAAACCUCAAAAGGUUGUCUUAUAGUCCGAUCGGUGGAGGAGGAUCAGGAGUUCUUUAUCUUCGUCUUGCUGCUUCAGAGCUGGUGAGGCCUAAUUCCAAGAAGCGGCUGAAACAUGCUGUGGCCAUCAUCCUUGGUUCAGUGGCAGGUUUCAUUCUUAUCAGCAGCAUUGUAUUGGUUCUGUUUCGGAGAUUCCGCAGGAGCCCCAUGGUCGGAACUUCGGAGGCAGCUCAAGGUUUUCUGGUCAUGUUUGAUUACAAAGUUAUGAGGAAGGCCACCGAGGACUUCUCACAGAAGCUUGGCCAAGGAAGCUUUGGGACAGUGUUCAAGGGAUUUCUGCCAGACUCAACUGCCAUAGCUGUUAAGAAACUCCAUAAUCUUCCACAGGAGGAGAAGCAAUUCAGAACAGAAUUAAACUCAAUUGGGAUGAUCCACCAUGUCAAUCUUGUUCGACUUCGUGGAUUCUGCUCUGAAGGUGAUAGAAGACUACUGGUUUAUGAUUAUAUGCCAAGGGGUUCACUAGAUUUGUAUCUGUUUGAUGAUUGCUCUGAAACCUUAAACUGGGAUCAGAGGUUCCAAAUUGCGCUGGGGGUGGCAAGAGGAUUGGCCUAUCUCCAUGAGAAAUGCAGGGAGUGCAUCAUACACUGUGACAUCAAGCCUGAAAAUAUUCUUUUGGAUGUGGAUAUGUGUCCCAAGAUUGCAGAUUUUGGUAUGGCAAAGCUCAUCGGCCGUGAAUUUAGCCGGGUGCUGACGACUGUGAGAGGUACCAUUGGCUAUCUAGCACCGGAAUGGCUCACCGGCUCUGCCGUCACCCCGAAAGCUGAUGUCUAUAGCUAUGGUUUGAUGCUUCUUGAAAUAAUCUCAGGCCGGCGAAACGCAGACGGAUCAGAUGAUGGGAAAGUUGUUUACUUCCCUCUCUGGGCUGCCCUCAAACUCCAUGAAGGUGACGUUCUUUGCUUACUAGAUGAGAAGUUGGAGGGCUAUGCUAAAGUGGAAGAGCUCAGCCGAGCCUGCAGAAUUGCUUGUUGGUGUAUUCAGGAUCUAGAGAGCAGAAGGCCGACAAUGGGACAGGUUGUUCAACAAUUGGAAGGACUUUCAAGUGUCAGCAUGCCACCUAUCCCUGGGUUACUUCAGAAACUUGCCAUGGAUGACAGAAGGAUUAGUGGGAACACUGAAUACUUCAGCACCUCGUUGGAGACUACAGAGAGUUUUUCCUACAGCUCAAGUUUAAACCAUUCGAUGGUGAUUGGGUGAAUUCCGGGCAUUAGGGAAAGGAUUUGCUCUUUGAAAGCAUCGAUUAGCUCUACUUGACAUCAUAUACAGAGAUGGUAGAAUGCGUUGCUUUCUUUAACUCCUAUUGGAACAAAUGUUGCUAUAGUUCACAAAAAAUAGUUUCUUUGCCUCCUUUCCCUCCUGUCUCUCUACUUUGUAAUCCCUGGUCUCAAGGCCUCUUUUGAUGUAUCACCUUACAUUUCCUAAUGAAAGGGCACCACUUCAAUCCUUGCAUAUAUACUACGAAAAAAAGGAAAAGAAAGGAAAAAGAAAUAAAAGCAGCUUAAGGCGAUCUUGUCUGCAGCUGCUUCCCCUGUUGUUUCUCUACUGACUUGGUAUGGUCUAUUUCUUGUUACUCUUCCCUGGGGUGCCUACUUAUGGUUUGUUAUCCAAGGUUCUUCCAGCAGAUAAGCCCUGAGAA